CACAGAGUGGCACCAUGCGUGCGGCCAUAGUCACAGACUUCAGCCAGCCCCCGAGGUACACCUCGGCCGCGGACCUGCCGCCCCCAUCCCCCUCCCAGCUCUGCCUGCGCGUCCUCGCAGCGGGCGUGCCCAACGUCGCCAGGCAGAUCGCCGCGGGGAAACACUUCAUCACCGCCCAACUGCCGUACAUACCAGGCAUCGACGGCGUUGGCGUCGACGAGUCGGCUGAUCCACCCCAGAAAUAUUACUUCACGACCCUCCCAGCCAACACGGGCUCCGUGUCCGAGUACGUCAACGUCGACCGCAGGGCCGCGGUUGCCCUUCCGGACGGCGCCGACGAGAGGGCCGUCGCGGCGCUCGUCAACGCGGCCCAGAGCAGCUGGAUGGCCCUUCGCCACCGCACGAGCAACCUGCCCGAGGGGUGGUCGGUUGCGAUACUGGGGGCAACGAGUGCCAGCGGGCGCAUCGCUGUUGGGAUCGCGAGGGCGCUGGGGGCCGGCCGUGUGGUUGGCAUCGCGCGGGAUGAGCAAGCGCUCGGAACGGUUGACGGCCUGGAUGACAAGGUAGUCCUGGAUGGCGAAGAGCCAGCGAGGACUGACUUCUCGAGACUGGGCGGGCAUGUGGACGUGGUCCUGGACUAUGUCUACGGCCCUGCCGUCCUUGCGCUGCUCUCGGCGCUGAAACCCACCGCGGAGGUGCAGUAUGUCCAGAUCGGCGUGCUGGGCGGGGCGGACGUCGCGUUCCCUGCUGCGUUGCUGAGGAGCAGGAUGAUCACCUUGAGAGGGGCCGGCCCAGGCUCGUGGACAAUGGCGCAGCUCGCCGGGGAGACUGCAGGCAUGCUCAAGGCAGUGAAAGAGCUGAAGGCCGAUUCGUUACACAUCGCACGUUUGGAGGAUGUAGAGGCUGUGUGGAACAGUCCUGACGUGAAGGGGAAGAGACUUGUGUUUGUGCCUUGAGGACCACACAGCAAGAGUCUACAGCUCAUGCUCAUGUGAGUACGGAGACGAAGAACAAAUGAGACUGGCAAUUAUAAUAGAGCUCUGUAGGACGAGGCUUUGUGGCGUACAUCAGGGUGAAUGUGUUGCAGGGAACCGUGGGAGAACGGCAUAGCAUAGGUCUGCAAUACUGGUUCUUGG